ACCCUUUCUGACUUGACAUCUGAAGGAGGAGUCUCUGAAAACCUAUUUAAAGCAGUCUGUCCUGACUCAGCUCAGCAGUCUCCAGUCUACCAACUGGUCUCUGUAAUAACUAUUUAAAGCAGCCAGUCCUGACUCAGCUCAGCAGUCUCCAGUCUACCAACUGGUCUCUGUAAUAACUAUUUAAAGCAGUCUGUCCUGACUCAGCUCAGCAGUCUCCAGUCUACCAACUGGUCUCUGUAAUAACUAUUUAAAGCAGUCUGUCCUGACUCAGCUCAGCAGUCUCCAGUCUACCAACUGGUCUCUGUAAUAACUAUUUAAAGCAGUCUGUCCUGACUCAGCUCAACAGUCUCCAGUCUACCAACUGGUCUCUGUAACUUCAUCUUUGUCUCUGUGGUGUUCAGUCUUCAGGUGACGAUGGGGGUAUUGAAUCAUCUCUCUACUCUCCUCCUUCUCUCUCUCCUUCCUCCUGCUCUCUCUCAUGUAGUGGAGAUCUUCAGUGUUGUUGAACAGUGCCAGAAUUUCUUCCUGGAUGGGACAACUCCAAAUCUCCCAGGUAUUUUGGUUGGUGGGACAGUCCAGAACCACUACAAGCUGAUUUGCCAGUUGUUCAGCAACAUCUACAGGUUUGCAACUCUCUACGACACGACCAACAGGAUCCCUGUGUUCUCAGCCUACACCUUCACUGGUCCUCCUACAGACCCCAGACCACAUCAACCCUGGUGAAGAUGAUCCCUGGAUGAUUGAGCCCCAGCUCGAAAAUAUAAAGGACCGAGGUGAAAUGAAGCAGAGUGAACAUAGAAGUUUUAAACACCAGGCUAUGAACGCGGACUACUACAAAAACAACAUGAAUAUGGACAGAGGUCACCUUUUCCCAUGUUCGUAUGCGCCUUAUAAUGCUACCAAGAACUCCACUUUCACCCUGACGAACGCCGUUCCCCAGGCAAGAUCCUUCAACCGACGCAGUUGGAAGAGAAUGGAGUGCAGAGUCAGAAAAUAUAUUGUGGAGAACUGUACGGAUAACAACAACAAGAUAAAAGCCUAUGUGGUGACUGGAGCAGUUCCCAGUAACAACAACACACUGAACAACCGAGUGAACAUCCCAGAUCUCAUGUGGACAGCCUACUGCUGUUACAACAACAACCUGAAACAGUGGGUGGCCCAAGCACACUGGAGUAAGAACGUACCGGACUCCAAGGGGAAAACAUUGAAACCGAUAACCUUGGGAGCACUCGAACGCAAGUUGAAGAACUUCUACAAUGACAAAGUCAAUGUGUUCGCAAAAAAAUGUCCAAGAACCGUUAUUCUGAGUGUAUUAGAGGACGAGACAGGGAGGAACAGAGAGAGAGUAGAACAGGAUGAGAUCUCCUCUACUCUGACUGAGAAUUCAACACUCCUGGUGUUGGAGUUGGACGGCGAAGGGGAGGUGGUGGGGAGUCUCCAUGACCCUACAGGCAGCCUGACCUGGGCCGUCAGCGACGUGUUCACCCACCAGGGGAGACUCUACCUGGGUAGCACCGACCUGCACUUCCUCCCUGUCCUGGAGGACUGGAGCUAA